AUGUCUGCUGCCUUGGAUCAGUACAUUAGUCGAGUUGAUGGCACUCCAUGCAUGAACACUGUAAUCCAUUUGACAAGAGGUGCCGAAAACCAUGAUUUUGUGUCACAGAGAAGUAAGCUUAUGGUGUUUCUUAAAGGAAAUAAAAUGGAAAAGCAAAAUUUGCAGAAGGAAGACCCUACAUUAUUUAAAUAUUUCUCGGAAAUCUGGAAAGUACGUGAUAACCACAUGGAUAAAAGCUUGCCUGAAAAUAUGUUUUUAUGCUGAGGUGUUGUGGUAAAUCAGGGUUGUUUACCAUUUACAUGGAAAUUCCGGUGAUUCCAUACGGAAAGUAAAUGGAACAAGCAUAUUUCGACGGUCCAACCGGAACUUUUCCGGAAUAAACGGUUUGUUUGAAAAGGUUGUCCUCUCUUCCUGAUUGGAAAGUUUCAACCGGUAAAUGUUGUUCCAUUUACAUUUUUUAAAUUUUUUCACCAGUUCCAGGCUCUUCGCAAUUUAACAAUUGAAAUUAUUAAAUGGAAAGCGAAUAAUCCGAAUGGGAUUUUCUAUCCGAAAUUUUGCUUACCAUUAGCACAAUUUCAAACCGGAUGGGUUUUACAUGUAAAUGGUAAACAACCCAGGAUGCCCACAUCCACGGUGUCAGGAAGGUACAGUGUGAUUGAAAAUUAAUACAGGCAAUUUCAGGAAUUUUACUUGAGUCAUAGCGAAUCUUUAUCUUUCGUUCUCUAUAGAAUCCCGAAGACAAAAUCCUGUACUGGGUACAUCAUUUGGAGGCAGUUUUUGUUUCUGUGGUUUCUCUGAAGGGAAUAAAAGGUAAAUUUUCCUCUGUUUUACCAUGUUAGAAUCACAGGAUUGCCAUCCCCUUAACUAUUUAUUCAGCUGAUCAGACUUGGGGUCCACCAGCUUUUUUCCUAGUCGUCCCAAGAACACUGCUAUCACGUUUCCUAGUCCAUUCAUUUUUAACAUUUAUUUUAUUAUUUUUUAUUAUUAAUGUUUAAUAAAACAUCAUGCAUUGCAUAAAAUGCACUACAAUGUAUUUACAAUUACAGUAAAUAUUGAAAAAAAUGUAAUUUUUCAACUUGAUUUUUAGCUUUAUGAUUUGCUGUGAUCAGUGUGAUCAGUGGUAUCAUGGAAAAUGCAUAAAUGUCACAAAAGUGGAAGCAGAAACCAUUGAAACUUACGUCUGCAAUUCCUGCAAAGAAUAUGGUACAAGUAUGCAAUAUUUGCACAAUUUAUAUUUAACCAAAUGUUAAACUAAAAAUUUCUAUGAAAAAAUCUGGGGAUGGCAGGCCAACAGAAAUGUUUUUAAAUUUUGAGCUGAGCUUUGUUUUUAAAGGUAUAAGAAAUCUUCCAAUUCCUACAAGCUGGUAUCCAGAAGGGCCAUCAUUCAGUUUUUUCCCAUACCCGGUAGUCGAUGUUACAUGAUCAUGGGGAAGGAUGGACUGCACAAGUUGCGUUGGUGUUUGCUGUGGUCAUUAUGUUACAGAUGUGUCACAGUUACUAAAUUUGUAUGCAGUUGGUAAAGCCAUAAGGUGUCCGCCACAGAGUGAUAUUUUAGCAGAAUAUCAUAGAAAAUUAAAUGAUAGAUGCGUGGAGGAAGCAGAUGUUGACAUGCUUGCCAAAAAAUGUUUGCUGUCAUCAGAUGAUGUAAAGCUAUGGCUUGAAUAUUUAACACAGGUGUCAAUAAACAGGAAGAGAGGAGCGGAAAAAGCGAAAGCAACAAGAAAAAAGAACAAGGAAAAAACUGUCUAA